CGCCGGUUGCUGCGCGGUCGCUGCGGCCUUUCCCGGCUCGAAGAGCGGCCUGGGGAAGCGGCGCGAGCGAGCGCGAGAGCGAAAGCGAAAGCCGACCCGACGAACGUUGAACUUUUAAAGAUAUAUUUUUAAAAAAACACCCUGUGUUCAGCCUUCAUGCAAGAUGCUGUUGUGUUCUCUGCUGCUUUGCGAAUGCCUAUGGCUGAUAGCUGGUAAUGCUCAUGAUGAUGACUGGAUUGACCCCACAGACAUGCUCAACUACGAUGCUGCUUCAGGAACAAUGAGGAGAACUCAGGUGAAAAAAGAGGUCAGCCCUGACUCGUACGCUGAUGAGUUGUCAGGAUGUUACAGCAGACUUGAUUCUCUAAUUGAUAAGAUUGGAGACUGUGAAAACAAAAGAAGGAAAGACUGUGAAAGUCAAAACAAUCCUGUUUUUAGGAGAUACUUAAGUAAAAUUUUAAUUGAAGCCAGAAAGCUUGGACUUCUUGAAGAAAACAAAGGCGAUGUCCAUUUUGAUGCCGAGAUUAUCCUUAAGAGUCAAACCUUGAUAGAAAUACAAAAGUUUCUCAGUGGAGAAGACUGGACGCCCGGCGCCUUGGAUGAAGCACUAAGUGAUAUUUUAAUUAAUUUUAAGUUACAUGAUUUUGAAAAGUGGAAGUGGCAGUUUGAAGAUUCCUUUGGUGUGGAUCCAUAUGAUGUGUUUAUGGUGCUUCUGUGUCUGCUCUGCAUCGUGAUGUUAAUAGCUACCCAGCUCUGGACCUAUGUUCGUUGGUACACCCAGUUGAAACGUGUUUUACUGAUCAGUUUCCUCAUCAGUUUGGGAUGGAAUUGGAUGUAUUUAUACAAGGUGGCUUUUGCCCAGCAUCAGGCCAAAGUCGCCAAGAUGGAGCCGCUGGACAAGGUGUGCGUGGAGAAGAUGGACUGGAGCGGGAGUCUCUGGGAGUGGUUUAGAACUUCAUGGACCUAUAAGGAUGACCCAUGCCAAAAAUACUAUGAGCUGUUACUAGUCAACCCUAUUUUGUUGGUCCCACCAACAAAGGCCCUGGCAGUGACGUUCACCAACUUUAUCACGGAGCCUUUGAAGUACAUCGGCAAAGGAAUUGGUGAAUUUAUUAGAGCGCUCUUGAAGGAGAUCCCAGCGAUACUCCACCUCCCAGUGCUUAUCAUCAUGGCACUGGCCGUCCUGGGUUUCUGCUAUGGUGCUGGAAAAUCAGUUCACAUGCUGAGGCCUUUAGGUGGUCCGGGAGAAGAACCACCCGCGGCUCUGCCAGGUGACAAGCGCCAGCAGCGGGAAAUUUAUUAUAGACCCCAUGGUGGAGCAGGUGAUGCAGACAUUUAUUAUAGGGGCCAAAUUGGCCCCCACGAUCAAGGCCCUUAUGACAGACCGUAUGAAAGUAGAAGAGAUGUUUUGAGACAGAAAGUUGUUGACUCGAGAUCUCAGACUGGCCACAAGAGCCCCGAAGUGCUCCGGGCAGUUGAUAGACCAGACACAGCGGUGCAAGAGCAUCCUGAGGUGGUGCCCAGUCCCAGAGAGACUGAUGGAAUCCCGGGAGAAAGCGCACAGGCAGAAACCAGCACAGAGGGCAGCCAGCCUCCUGAGCCCAUCUCUGGCCAGGGGAUCUCGAGGAUUGCGGGAGGUCCACCCGCAGCAGAAGAGGCCCAGGUCAGGACUGAUGACAAAGGCAGCCCCGUGGAAGGCAGCACACCCAGCCCAGCAAGCACGGCCGAGGGAGCAGCUGGGAGGGACCCGGCCGGCGGCCCGCGUUUGCUAGAGGAACUGGGACUUGGACAGCACUCAGAGGUCACCCUUGUGUAACGGGACUUUGUAACGUAUACUCUUCACUGUUUGCUACAGAUAUUCUGAUACUACAAAGGUACCAACUUAAAACAUUAAUAUUUUUACUGACAAUCAGAAUUAACUCACGAUAUUUCUGUUUAACUUCUUUUAUCUGUUUUAUAUAUUCUCUUUGAUGUUAUGUCCCACAAAGUUUUAAAGUAUUAAUUUUGAAACAGGAUCUCAUAGAUCAACAAAUACAGCAGCAUCACUAAUUCUGAAUAAUUGAGGGAGCCAGUUGGAAUUAGGGACAUUGAAAAAGAAGUUUUAUUGUUUAUAGGCAUAUGUGGGAGCCAGGUAACCAAAGUGCGUUGCCUGAUAGAAGUCCUGUGGUACCUACUUUAGUUAGAAUAAUUUAAUUGUUCAUGGCGUCCCCAAAGUGGCCGGUAUUCACAAACCAUUUCUAAGGAAAGUCCACUACAGGCAAGUUUACUCUCCUUAUAUCCUUCAGCAUCUUCAUAGGGCCGUGGGGUCCAUACAACCAGCUCCCAUGUCUCUGUGCAGGCUGCUCACAGGCCAAGGUGGCUUUGUAGUUUCAUGUCCUGCCUGCAUCUCUCACCUCGCAGCUGUUACUGGGGCUGCUUCCUUGUCACCCCUGUCACCCUCCCCUUUGCUAAGACAGCCUGAAGAUUGCCGGGGACUGUAGGUUAACAGCAUGUUAGGUCGGUAAUCUCAGUUCUUCCUGUGUAAUGAAUGGCCCUUGAGAGUGGCUUUGUUUUCCCCACCAGGCGAAGUGCGCAGGCUUUAGGAGACCCAUUUUGCUGGCUGUUCAGAGCCCCAGCAGCGGAGACUGUGGAUAGGACAGUGUCUUGUAUUCUAGCAAACCGCGUUUGGGCAGACCACAGGAAGUGCGCAUUUUUAGAGGUUAUACACAGAGAGUACACGUGGGGAAAACAGAUGAGGGUGUUUUCUUAACUAGAGACAGGUGAUACAAUCAACAUUUUAGAUUAGUUAUUCUGAUUUUUAAAACUAUUCAUUUUUAACUUAAGAAAAAACAAUUAAAAAUUUUGCUGGUUGGUACCUGGCUAAAAAGCAAAUUCGCACUAACAUUUAUGUCCAGCUGCUUACUAAGAACACCACCAGUCAGGAAUAGUCAGCAUUUUCCUUCAGGUGUUUGUUUCAGAGGAAAGGACUGACUGAGAGCAUUUGCUUUCUGACAUGUUUCUUUUUAAUUUUAUUUUUCAAUUAGUUUUCAUUGAAUAUUAUUUUGUAUUAGUUUCAGGUGUACAGCAUAGUGCUUAGACAAUCAUGUACUUUACGACUUUGUGUAUGUUUUUUACAUGAAAUGUAGAAUACCCCUUUUUUGGCUCCUUGAAGCAUUGCUUAGAUGCUUUUAACAAUUUUAGUUUUG